AUGGCUCCAUUUAACGAGAAUUCUUACUUGAUCAUUUCCCCUGGUUCCAAUACCACAUUGGUUCAGUUUGGCCUUGGUGAGUCCUACUCUCCACCAGAUAUUGAGGUUCCUACGGUAGUGUACGCACAUCCUACGCUGCCAAAUGCCUUUGUAUCGAAGGGCGAUGCCGGUAGUGCAAAGAUCCACCCGAUUAUAAAGGGCGAGAUCGUCAACCUGGCGGCUUUUAACUACUUCAUCAAGUUGUUGUACAGAUCUGCGCUCAAGACCCGACCAGAGGUCGUUAACGUUCCAAUGGUUCUUAUUGCAUCCUCACAGUGGUCUAAAAUCGACCAAGAACGUAUAACACAGUAUGUUUUUGAAGAGAUUGGGAUUUCUGCGUUCACCAUUCUCCCUGCUGCUCUUGGUACUAUUUAUGCCUAUGGCGGGUUGCCAACUGCGUUGGUUAUUGACAUUGGCGCUGAGAAGACUGAGAUCGUUCCAGUAGUGGACUAUUCUGUAUUGAACAGUGCAAAGUCUGUGAUUCCAUUUGGUGGUGAUCACAUAAAUGAGACUUUAAAACACCUGUUACCUAAUCUGUCUGCUCAACAGAUUGAGUCCCUGAAGAGAAGUGAUAUCUACGAAGCAUUAAGUGAUGAGGAUAAGAAGAAGUCAUUCUUCGGAAUCGAUGCAUUGGAUAAAGAUAAAGAUGAUGAAUUUGACGUUGCUGCUAUUGUCACUUCAGGGAGAACCAGGGAGAUCUUGGAAGAACGUGAAAAGCAAGAUAAGGAGAAAACACCAAACUCCCAAUUGGAAAACAACACGUUCAUAGACGAAUCAGGUGAAACGAUAACUGUUGGGAAAGAGAGAUUCAAAGGAACUGAAGAUUUAAUCCAAAAAAUAUCACAUGGUGUAUCCGAAUCGUUGAAGAGAAUCUUGGAUCUUCAUAAACGUCAAGAUGCCUGGGAUCACAUACUAGUCACUGGAAGAACUUCCAGAAUUGUUGGUUUCCUCGAAGCAUUGAAUACUCAACUGGUUGAUGACCACCUAGUGGGUAAAGAUUUACACCAAUCAUCCGCAGCACAGGCAGCUUUCCAAUCGACUGUCAACAGUAAUGUUCAAAUUUCACAAGUCCCAAACUCUAUAAGACUGGGUAAAAUGCCUGAGUACUUCCCUGAGUGGAAGAAGAUUGGCUAUUCAGAUGUUCAAUUUCUCGGGGCUGAGAUCUUUGCCAAACAGAUAUUUUCAAGUGGUAAUGAAAGCAUGUACGUGACACAAUCUGUAUAUGCCCAAAAUGGUCCAAUGGCGCUAUGGGACUUGGCGAUUUAA